UUUAUUCAUUACUACUCCGUCCUUCCUCAGCCAAUCCCAUUGUUGAUUUCAUAAUCAAAAUCCAAUUUCUAGGGUUUUACUAUUCCCCCCUGACAAAAACUCGUCCCUGUCCACUACAACCCCUCGAAGAAAUUUCAGGGUUUUCUUAGUGGAAACUGAAAGAUUGAGCUUCAGAGAGAAACAAAAAUAACUUCAAACAAGCAAACUUAGUAGAUUAUUAAAUUUAAAGGAACGAGCAAAUGUCGAGACCCCAGGUUACUAUUACCUUGGGGCAUACUGGUCAGGUUGUGAAGAGAACUUCUGGGUCAGGGGAGACAUUUCGUUCUGACUAUGGAAGUGUAUCUGGAAGUAAACGAUCAGUAAGAGAUAGAUUGGGGAACGGAGGAGAUCAACCUUACAACAACAAGAGGCAGAAGCAUCAAGGUAAUAGGAGUUUGGCUGAUGGUACUGCAGAUUGUAGCAAGCAAUGCGUCUCUGUACAUCGUACCCAAGUUAAUAAAGAUGACCUACGAUUCAAACUCUUGCGCAAAAAAGAACUCAGCAUGGAUCUUCGUGAAAAGUUGUCGAGAACAGUUUUGCCUCCAUUGAGAGUUGAUCCACGAGAGCGUGAGAGAGAUCCAAAGGAAACUGGUCCUAUAAGGCGUAUGCCUCCUGCAAGAAGUCAAGAUGACUUUGAAAUGGAAUCAUACAGGAAGUCUUACGCGGCCUGGAAUUUAGAUGGGUUAAGGCGUAGAUCCCCUGAUAGACUUGUAAGCACAUCUAGAUCUAGAGGUGUUUCGCCGCCAAGGGUAAUUGAAGUCCGUCGACAAGUUAGGCCAGUUGAAGCUUCAAGACCCUCUCAUAUGAUGAACAGAGAUGUCAUUUCUGUUCCGGGGCCAACAACUUUAGUGCGAAAACCUACCUUACCUGUUGAGGGUGCAAAGCCAGUACUCCGGCUUGCUCCACAAACUGCCUCUGGAGUAGUGCAGAAAAGCCCAUAUAUGGGUGAGCAACCAGUUACUGUUGCUAGCCUGUUACAGACACUUGGUUUGAGUAAAUAUUCUAUCAUGUUUCAAGCUGAAGAAGUGGACAUGCCUGCCUUGAGGCAAAUGGGAGACAGCGACCUCAAAGAGUUGGGAAUACCUAUGGGACCAAGGAAGAAGAUUCUCCUCGCCAUUGCGCCUCGUGUCAGACGACAUCCGCCAAUGUGAUUACCAUUUCUUCAACAAAUAUAAGCAGGAGCAUCCAUCCUAUUCCUGUUUCCUGCGUUGCAACCUGUUUCAAAAUCUUGUACAUCAAAUUAAUCUUUCUGAGUUUUACUGACAAUUUGUGAUGAGGGGUAGCAACCCACAAAUCUGAUUCGAUAGAGAAUAGAUUUUCUUUUUCGCGUAGAAGAUUUCUUUUGCUUAGAUUCAUAUACUGUUGUGACAAUACGGAGAUAAAUGGGUUAUAGUGUUUACAGCUUACUUCUGGAAGCUCUUGUUUU